ACACACACACACAUUUUGCCAGGCUUUAGCUGGAAAGUCAAGUCUGCCAACCACAGUCGCUGCAAACCGUCUGCUCCUCUCAGCUAGUUGUGUCGACUCAGAGAGCUCAAAGUGCAACAAUGCCUUCAUCGGGUGCGUGUGCAAACAUCAUCAAUUCGCGUCGUAAGAAAAACGCUUAUGGGACCCCUGCCAACCCUGAGAAUUUCCUGGACCAGGACUUUGUGCAGCUGAAACAGUACUGUCUCAGCCAGCGUCUGAGAUAUGUGGAUGACAUGUUCCCUCCUGACAGGAUGUCCAUCGGCAAAGUGGAACUGGGCCCCCAUGACCCGGCCAAAAUUGUGUGGAGGAGACCAAGGGAUCUUGUUCCCAACCCAUCCUUCAUUGUUGGUGGGGUUUCCAGGUUCGACUUUGGUCAAGGUUCAGUUGGUGACUGCUGGUUCCUCGCGUCCAUCGGAGCGCUGACUUUCCAGAAAAAUAUCUUUGCACAAGUCGUUCCUUCAGAUCAAAGUUUUGAUGAGGGUUACUCCGGAGUGUUCCACUUCAGGUUCUGGAGAUUUGGAAGAUGGGUGGAUGUUGUUAUUGACGACAAGCUACCAACAAUUGAUGGCAGGCUGAUCUUUGUUCACUCCAAAGACCCGACCGAGUUCUGGCCUGCUUUGCUUGAGAAGGCGUAUGCAAAAGUGUGUGGUUCCUACGCCGACAUGAGCGCUGGAACUCCCUCUGAGGCUCUGGUGGACUUCACUGGUGGUGUCCACAUCUGUGUCCAGCUGUCAGAACCUCCUCCAGAUCUGUGGGAGCUGAUGUGCAGAGCCGGCCAAUCUCAGUCUCUGAUGGGUUGUGGUACACCUCAGGGGGAGACGUCUGCAAACACUGUCCUACAGAAUGGACUGGUCCAAGGUCAUGCCUACACCGUCACUGGCGUGAAGCAGGUGAUCAGCCAAGGGAACCCUGUGAGACUGGUCCGUUUGUGGAACCCCUGGGGUCAAGGAGAGUGGAAAGGAGACUGGAGUGAUCUGUCCCCUUUGUGGCAAACCAUCAGUCCUCAGGAUCGUGAGCAGUGCCAGUCUGUGGGCAAUGACGGGGAGUUUUGGAUGACUCUGGAAGACUUCUGCAGGUUUUACGAUGACCUCGACUUCUGCUCCGAGUGUCCAGAAUUCCUGGAUGAAGGCUCUUCAUGCCACUGGAAGACGUCCGUCUACGAAGGACGAUGGGUCGCAGGAACCACCGCGGGAGGAUGCUUGAUGAACACUGCGAGCUUCUGGACUAAUCCCCAGUUCCGGGUGAAGAUUGAUGAGUUAGCCGAUGAAUGCUCUACAUCACAGGGUGAAAACAACAUGCUGGUGUCUCUCAUGCAAAAGCCAGACAAGAGGAACCGCCGCCUGGUCCAGAAUCUCUACAUUGGGUUCUCUGUAUUUGAGGUGACCAAAGAAUAUGAAGGGAAGAAGGGGAAGUUCCCGGCCUCUUUCUUCGGCAGAAACAAACCUGUGGCUGGAACAAAGAAAUUCAUAAACUCACGUGAAAUGAUGGAGUUAGUGGCGCUGAAGCCGGGUGAAUACCUGAUCGUACCCUGCACCUAUAAUCCAGAUGAGACAGCAUCCUUCAUCCUGACCAUCAUCUCCAAGGCCGAGACCCACGUCCAUGAAGACUCAGGAAGCAACAACCAUGAACACGUCGAAGGAGAAGAGCACACUCCAGACAAAAAUGAAACAGAGGAGGAAAAGAGGAAAACCAUCAUCCGUCAACUCUCUGAAAAGUACGACGCAGUCAACGCUGAGCUGCUGCAGAAGAUCCUGAAUGACAAAGUGCUGAAAGGAGACGUGAAAACCCGAGGCUUCAGCAUUGAGGCCUGCCGCAGCAUGGUGGCUUUAUUGGAUACAUCACUCACCGGAAAUCUGACCAACCAGGAAUUUGUUGUUUUGUGGAACAAGGUCAACAUGUUGAAGGACAUUUUCCUGAGCGCUGAUGUUUCUCAAUCAGGAACACUCUCUCUGAGUGAGCUCCGGACUGCACUCAUUGCUUCAGGACAGAGGAUCAGCGAGGAUAUCUUUAACCUGAUGGCUCUGCGUUACGGCUCCUCCUCUGGACAGAUGGCUCUGGAGGAUUUCAUCAGUCUGGCCCUUCGACUCGACUGCAUGAGGGAUCUCUUCAGUCAGUUGUCGAAUGGGAUGACUAUGACUCUUCGUAAAACUGAGUGGCUGUACCUUUCCAUGUACAACUAACCUGACAGAAGAUGAUCGGCAGGAUGGAAUUAAAGAAAUGUGAAAACAAUAUAUACAAAAAUAUGUCCUUCAGAAAAUGUGCUGUUACACUGAAUGAGACAUCCGAGGGUUAACUGAUAUCUUAGCUUAUGUUUGGGGAUGUAGUAAAACCAGCUGUGUCCAUCUUCUUCUCUUUCCAUUUAGUCUCGGUCCAUUUGAUUUAUGCAGAUUCAUCAACACUUUUUAUUUUACUCUCUGGUGAUUGUACACUUUGAUGAAUAAAACCACCAAUUUGAAAUGA